AUGGAUUCUACUCCACCAAACAAUUCACCAAAGUACUUCGACAUAGGGUUCAACAUGGUUGACCCAAUGUAUCAAGGUAUAUAUAACGGCAAGCAAAAGCAUAAACCUGAUUUAUUAAACGUCCUAAAAAGAUGCCAUGACACGCAUGUCUAUAAGUUACUAACAACAGGUUCAAGCAUUAAAGAAAGUAAAGAAAAUAUUAAAAUUAUAAAAUCUAUUUUAAAUACAGAUACAAUUGGUGAUAAAAUAGCCUUGUAUUACACUAUUGGUGUUCACCCAUGUUGUGGGAAUGAACUAGUCAUUCCGUAUUCUAAUAGUACCAUAGACAACCCUAGCAAUGAUACUGAAAAUGAUUCUAUAGAUUUAUCAAAUAUCCAAGUAAAGAGGUUUAUACAAUCCAAAUUUAUAGAGUUAUACAACUUAAUAUCGGAACAAUUAAUAAAUGACGAAAAACAUUUUAAAUCGGUCGGUGAAAUUGGUUUGGAUUAUGAUAGGUUCCAUUAUUGCAAUGAAGAUAUCCAAAAAUUUGUUUUUGAACAACAAUUGAAAAUCACCUGCUUGUUAUCCUCAGGCAAUAGUCCACAUAAAGACUUGCCCUUAUUUUUACAUAUGAGGAAUUGUUGUGACGAUUUUGUUAAAAUAUUGAACAAGUUUAUCAAUGGAUUUGUGGAUUAUUCCGAUGAAUUAGAUUUCCAACAAAUUAUAUAUACCAAAGACAAUAAUUGCAACGCCAUAAUUGAUCAAAAAUCUGGUAAAUUAUAUUACAAAUUUAAUCCUGCUAAAAAGCUAGUAGUUCAUUCGUUUACAGGUUCUGCAACGGACUUGAAAAAACUGUUUGAUCUUAAUAUUGCUAAUCUAUAUAUAGGUCUGAAUGGUUGCUCCUUAAAGAAUCAAGAUAUAUUAGACUUAUUAUCACCUGCAGAUAAUGGUAACAAAACGCAAGAAAAAAAUAUAUUGCCACUAGAUAAAAUACUAUUAGAGACCGAUGCUCCUUGGUGUGCAAUUAGGAAAACACACCCAAGUUGGGAUUUAUUAUCGCCAAUGAUGAAUGACUUCCCAAAUGAAUGUUAUCCCGAUUUAAACAAUUGGUAUAGGUCUGUUAAGCCUGAUAAGCCAGAUAAGCUUAGUGAUGAAGAAAGAAAAACCACUAUGACUAAACCUAGAAACGAACCAUGCACAAUGGGACAAGUUGUCAAAGUUGUUUCUGAAGCUAAAAAACUACCCUUCAAUCAAGUUAUGCAAAGAAUUUGGCAAAAUACCUGUGAUUUCUAUGGAGUUUGA